AUGAUCUCGUUCAAAGAUGUACUGGGCACGCACGAGAUCAAAACAAUGCGGUUCGCCAAAGCAAUUGUGGCAGAAGCUCUGGGCACUUGCAUGCUGGUGAUCGUUGGGUGUGGGGCCGCGUCCACUCUGGGGUCAAAAGACGGGUCGGAUCUGGCUGUCUCAAUGUCUUUUGGUCUGGCGGUGUCGAUGGGGAUCUGGUUGUUCGGCCACAUCAGUGGAGGCCACAUCAAUCCUAGUGUGUCUAUUGGAUUCUUGGUGACCGGCCACAUCAGUGUUCUAAAGUGCGUCUGCUAUCUAAUAGGCCAGAUUGCGGGCAGCAUUGCUGGAGCAACCAUUUUGUGGCUGAUCCUGCCGCUUUCAUUGGGAAGCAGCUAUGGCAGUCCCUCCUUGGCUGAAGGAGUAGCCGACUGGCAGGGCGUAAUCAUCGAGAUGUUUGCGGCCUUCAGUUUGGUGAUGACCGUCUUCGCCAGCUGUGACAGACUACGGACAGACCACAGCGGUUCCAUCGCCCUGGCUAUCGGCUUCUGUGUUACUGCCCAGAUAACAUGGAUGGGCUCGCUUACAGGAGGCAGCCUGAAUCCGGCAAGAGCCUUAGGUCCAACCAUCUUCGCAGGCAAAUGGGACAAUCAUUGGGUGUACUGGACCGGUCCAAUCGCAGGGGGCAUCCUGGCUGCGGUCAUGUACGAGCGAAUCUUCGCGGAGAAAACCCGAGAAACAGACAAGGAGAUGCGCCACGUCCAGUACAACAACUGUGACAUCCAAUCCAACGGUUUCCUGGACUACGUCAUCGAGAUCGACGCACCGGCUAGCAGCGAACCGGAGAACAAGCCCCCAGCGUACCACACCAAGAACAAUAACACUAUUGAAGUUAUCAAUCUGGAAGAACGGUUGGACAAGGAACACAAUUUACCCAAAGCUAAUAUCUCUCUCGAUUCUUUCAAACACAUUUCAACCAUUGAGGACAUGUGUAUUUGUGUCGAAGAAGAAGACAAACCACAAGACGACAGCAAUAAAGAGGAUACUAGUAAUUUGUGA